GUGACCAAAGCGGUCCGAGCUGGAGAAGUAGACGCCAAGACCCGUCGCCAGAUCUUCGACGCAAUUGGAUUCACGUUUCCGAGUCGCCUGCUCACCUCCAGGCAGCCCCCGGCCGGCUGCCCCCCGCACACCUUCCGGGCGCUGGGCCUGACUCUGUUGGCGUGCUUCUGCACCGAUCCGGAGUUAGCUGGGCACUCCCAGAUCCUCAACAAAAUCCCGACCUUCAAUGACAUCCUGGUUUCCCCCUGCGAUCCAGACAGCACGUCCAUGGUCGAUGAUGUCUACCAGUGCCUCAGUGCUGUCCUGGCCACUACCAGGGGCCCCAAAGAGUUGGUGACCAAAGGGACGGUGCCUGCCCUGUGCCAGGCCUACGUGAAUUGCAGUUAUGGCUCUGACCGUGCUUUGGCGCUGCUCCUGGGGCUGCUGGCCAUAGCAGAGGUGAAGUGCUGGCAAAGGGACGCUCCACACCUCCUGGCCGUGCUGAGUAAGCUCUCCAAUGAUUUUCUCAAGGCUGAAGACAUGACCAAAUUCGAGCUGUGCGAGGUUCUGCCUCACUUCAUCCCCCUGUCGCCACCACUCACGCAGGACUCACAGGCCUGUGAGUGCCUCCAUAGACUUUACAAAGGGCUGGCUGAUAUCUUGGGCAGUAAACUCAGUCAGUCCCAGAGGGACCCUGCUCUGAAGCUUGCUGCCUGCCUCGUGCAGGCCUGUGGGACAGAGUGGAUCCCAGCAGGGAGGGCUGGAAGCAAGUUCCUGGCCUUGCUGGUGAACUUGGCUUGUGUGGAGGUCCGCCUGACCCUGGAGGAGCCAGAUCCCUUGGAGGUGGAGGGAAAGAAAGAAGCGGUGACAGCCUGCUAUGUCCUCAUUGAGAUGGGGAUCCAGGAGUGCCUGAGAGAAGAGAAACCGCUGCUACAAGAGGCACAGAAAAUGCAGCUCAUGAGGAUCAUGGAGGAGGCAUUUGGAGCUGUAAUAUUCUACUUGAGACAGGUUAAGCAGGAGGAGCUACAGGAUCCUUUCAUAUUUGCUUCUAUUCGAAUCCUUGGAGCAUGGAUGGCAGAAGAGACCUCCUCCCUCAAGCAGGAGAUCUGUGAGCUCUUGCCUUUCCUUGUUCAUUAUGCCAGGAGGCUUUUCAAAGAGGACAGUCCAGCUGCGAGUCUUCCCCAGCCAGAGCUGGUCAGCACCCACUGCUCUGGUUUUCCCCAGGAUGCUCUCAGAUUUCUGCUACCUGGCUUUUGCCAUUUAACAGCAGAGGACAGGCCCCGGGACAUCCUGAUCUCAGAAGGGGCACCAGCGCUGCUGUGUGAGUACUUCCUCCAUCAGUGGGAGGUGCUGACCACCGAGCCAGGGUCCCUGACUCCACUAACGAGCACUGAAAUGAGCCUGCAGACCUUGUGUGGGAUUUUCCUUAACCUGGUGGUGACUGCACCGGAUCUUAUCAGGCAAGACAAAACCUUUUCCUCCUUGAUGGACAAGUUGCUGAAGUCUCUCCCGCUGCUGCUGCCCCAGAAAGAUCACCUGGUUCUAGCAGCCAACUUUGCCACUCUGGGCCUGAUGAUGGCCAGGAUCCUUGCGAGCCUUCCAGUUCUUCAGGGGACCCAGUCUGCCAAGGAGUUUUUCGGAGCUGCCAUUCGCUUCCUCUCGCAGGCCCACGCCACCCAAACCGACCCUGAUGGCUCCUGCUUGGCCGUGGCCGUGUCGCCUGCCUACGCGAGUGCCUGGGCUGACGUCCGUGAGCUCUGGUUCCUGGGGAUGCAGGCCCUGGCCGGCUGCGUGCCGCUUUUCCCGUGGCUGCCGCAGGCCGUCCUGCAGGCGCGGUGGCUGGAAAACCUCUCGGAGUUACUGACCCGCGUUGCUGUAGCCUCGGUGGAUUUCGAGCUCAUCGCCGCUUUCCAGGGCGUGUUGGUAGAGCUGGCCAGAGCCAGCAAGCCCUGCAGGGACGUGAUCCGGUCACACCACGGCGAGGAGUGGGCCAACCUCUAUGGCAUGGCAGCGCUGGAGCAGUGUCUGUCUGAGCAGUGA